AUGUCAACGGUCGAUAUCAUUUUUGAUAAAAAUAAAGAUGGAAUUGAUAGAGGAUUAUAUAUUGAGGUUUCAGAGGAACCAAUAGAUUUUAAGGUUGGUGGUUACAAUAGAGUUGAAGAUGAUAAUGCAGGUGCCAUUUCGACGUUCCUAGGUACCACCAGAAACAACUUCAAAGGCAAAAACGUUGAGAAACUAGAGUAUGAAGCAUAUACACCAAUGGCUGUAAAAGAGAUUGCAAAGAUAUGCAGUCAUCUAUUUACAACUUAUAAUAUAUUACAUAUUGCUGUUUUACAUAGAAUUGGAACUGUACCGAUAGGAGAAGCUAGUAUUUUAAUUGCAAUUUCAUCUGCGCAUAGACAUGAUUCAUUGACUGCCGUACAAUAUGCUAUCGAUACAAUCAAAGCAACUGUACCGAUUUGGAAGAAAGAGUAUUACACUGACGGAACUAUGUCUGUUUGGAAAGAUAAUUGUGAAUCUUGUCAUUAUACAACAACAAAAUCAACAUUAAACAAUGAUGGACAUGAUCAUCAGCAUAGUGGUCACAAUAAACAUUAA